CGGCAACAGAACAAGACACGACAGUUGCAUUGCUGCGGUUGUGGGUUGUGGGUGGUGGGUGGAAGACAGCGCUUUGUUUGUGUGCUCACUUCUCAGUUCAUUACUUCUCAGUGCCUCAUUUGCCGCUUGCUGUGGCUUGUGGUGGUGUCCCGUAGGUCGGAGCGUCGGUUGGUUGGUGAUACGACAUUUGGUUCGUUUCCUUUGGGUUGUGUUUGGGGUUGUGUUGUUGCACGAAGUUUGGUGGUUGGUGGUGGUGGUGGUGUUGAUUUGAGGCUCCUGAGGCGCAAAGAAAAGAUGGACGGAGGGCGCGAUGAUGGUAGCCAUGGCAGCAAUGGCAGCAGCAAUGGCAGCAGCAGUGGGGGUGAUUCACGCACGGAAACGCCGCCACCGCCUGCGCGCGCAUUGGUGGACUUUUUCGCGGUCGUGGGCAUCGACCCAAGCGCGGGCAUCGACCCUUUCACGCACGCCGCCAUGCCAGACCUGGACCAUGUGAGCCCGCUGCGCCGUCCAUACAGAGCGCAUCUACUCACCUGCGUUCCAGAUGCACGCGGGUCGCUCAAGCACUUUGAUCCACAGGAUAUCGUCCUGCUUUGUUUCCCGCAAGGGCUGCGGUUUCAGAAGCAAGAGGACAGCCGUCGCAUUACCUUCCACACCUUUGUCAUGACGCGCGAAAACGGAGACAGAAUUUAUGGGUCCAACCUCAUCUUCUAUGAAAAAGUCGAUGAUGACAACAUUCUCAUGGCGAUGAAAGUGUUGGAGGAAAUGCAUCGUGCCCAGCUGGAAUGCACCUACCACGCCACAGGGCGUGGUGGUGUGCCGCCGUCACGCCCGCGCGUCUCGUUUGACCCGGACCGCCACACUCUCUUCGCUCCAAAGGCAAUCUGCAUCCUGUCACAGUUCCCUGCGGUGGCGUGCUUUGAGCAGUAUCUUCGCCAGCUCUAUCUCUUCUCGCAACUCAGAUCCACAACACAGGAGGAGCUGGGCGCGUGCGUGGAGAACCUGUUGUUCCGCGUACCGCUGCCUCCACCCGGCAAAACCCUCCAGUUCCAGUGCUUGCGCCCCAUUGUGUGCCACCGCCCCCCACCGGACGCGUUGCCCGCGUUUGAGUACUCCAUGCGUCGCCUGUUUUCGCUGCUGUCCCCUGAAAACGUCAUACGCCUCGUCACGUGUCUUCUCCUGGAGCAACAGACCGUCAUUCGCUCGCAGGACUACGAGUUGCUGGUGCUGGUGGCCGAGUGCGCGACUGCGCUCAUGUACCCGUUCCUGUGGCAGCACGUGUAUGUACCCAUCCUCCCCGCCAACGCGCUGCACUUUGUCGAGGCGCCCGUCCCGUUUGUCAUGGGCCUGCACGCCAGCAUCGACGUGCCCGCAGCAGACGAGGUGACACCCCUGCACGGUCUGCUCUCUGGCGCGGCGCUGCCCAAGUUCCCCAACAACCCCGGCACGCUGGACGACUACGCGUUUACGGCGGCUGUACGCCACACGUUUCUUGCCGCGUGGGCGGACGUGCUGUCCGGUUAUGACACAUACAUUGUCCUUCCGCAGGACGCAGACGCCUGGCUCGAAUGCGGCACGGUUGAUGACAGCGUCUUUGACAAGCUGUCCUUUCUGUCGGACCAGCCGUCCAGCAACAGUCCUUUUCUCACGCGCUUCCUCGAGACGCAAAUCUUCGCCUCGUUCCUCGACAAGAAGAUUACGUCGCUGUUGAAGGCGAAUGAGGCUCACUCGUGCUUCGAUCAUGUCCUCGCUGCCCGCGCACGCGCACGCGCAACCAACGACUCCCAGGACGACAACCGUGACGACGACGACGACGACGACGACGGCAAUGAUGGUGGUGGUGGUGGUGCGAGAACGAAGGGUGCCGGCGACGUAGGUGGAAGCGGCGGUGGUGUUGGUGUCGGUCUGGCCAACACGGAUCCAACAUCCUUUCUGCACUUUCUGGACCGGCGGCACUUUGGCGACGACGACAUCAUGCAGAUGCUCCACAGCCCUCUCGCACACAUGCGUGCGUCGGAUGUGCAUGUGGACUUUACGGCAGUUGCGCCAGAAAUCAACGCAGCUGCCAGCAGUGACAAUGACGAUGGCAGCGGUCGCAGUGGUGGGGAUGAUGAUGCGAAGGCAAAAGAUGAUGACAGGACGACGAAGGGGAAGGAUGGGAAUGAGAAGCAACAGGAAGAUGAGGGCGAAAGCAGUGCGAAACGUGACGCGAGUGCUGACAAGGGUGGCCGUGUUACUCACACUGACGCUGAUGGUAGCGGUGGUGACGAUGCCCGCUGUGAUGGCGGCAAGAAGACUCAAGACGGUGGCAAGACUGCUCGUGGUGGAGGCGGGCGACAGCUGCCUUCACCACCAAAGCUUCAGCAACAGAAGAAGAAGGAGAAGAAACAGAAAGCAUUCGCGUCAAAGUCAUACCCGGAUAAGAAGGCAAAGCCCUCGGAACCACUGAACCUCAACGCGGUGGUGUGCGGCCGCUUCCACUUCCCCGUUCCGUCGCUGUCGCCAUCACAGCUGGAGCAGGAGCCGAUGCAGUGGCCGUCACACCACGACGAGGGCGGCGAUGAUGGUGAUGGUGAUGACGAACAGCAGCUGUCAAAAUCAGCGCGUGCCCGCCGCCGCGCCAACCGCCGGCUCAAAGCGCUCCAGCACGCGAGCGGCAGCGACCACGACGUCAUACAGCGGCACCAGGGUGUGAUUCGGGACGUGCGGCUGGAGGAAUCGCAGCCCACGGAUUCGCAGGAAAGAUUUGCCGGCGCACUCGUCAUGGAGUGCUCGCAAAAGGUGAAGAGGAUGGUGAAGGCGAGCAUAUCCUUGCAGGGACCGCAUGUGCAGCACGUGCAACAGCGCGAGAACACGAUGGUGGCCGGUCUGUGCGAUUUGCUGGAGCGCGCGUUCAGACACGGACUCCACAGACAGUACAAGGCGCCGCUGUGGCAGUUUCUCCUCAAUUGCCUGAAGACCGGCGCUCUUCCCCGCACUGUGCAGGUGUCGAUCAGGGAUGUGGCGGCGAUGGCGUUUCUUCGCUCAGAUGUUGGUCGCGGACGCGCGUGGGUUCGUCUCAUCCUCGAACAGCGCAGACUCAGCCAGUGCCUGGAGGCAUGCUUCGGGUGCACGGCGGUUGUCGUCGACAUGUACAAACCAUAUGCGUUUCUGCAGCAAGCGGAACACCGGCUACAGCUCGUGUCGCACCUCCUGUCGCUGACAACACUUGACCUGGCCUGCUUCUCGUCAAACUACCCACCAGCCACCAUCGCAUACACCAUCACCAUCAACACCGCAAAGGGUUUCCGGACCGGCACAACAGCCCACGUCUGGUGCAAGCUUGUGGGCGACAUCACACACACGGAGGACCUGUCCUUGGGCAAGUCGAGCACGUUUGGGUCUGGCGGCGUCCAUGAACUUCAGAUUCGACACAGGAAUGUCGGCGCCCUCCAGUCCGUCGUUCUCUCCCACGACAACACGGGCCUCUCGCCCACCUGGGUCGUCGACAGUGUGACCGUGUUUAAUGGGACGACUCGCAUGACAACAACACUGACGUCAGACGGGAGAAAAUUUGAGAAAGACCGUGACACUGGGCGAAACACUGUGACCCUCGCCCCAACCUCCGCAGGCAACAUGACGCAAUCGCGACAGACGUCGACGCCGCCCCCAACAGCGGCCGACGAACCGCUGCCGGAGAGCGAACGCAGAAGAGUGCAGGCGCUGUGCGAGGAGUUUGCCACGGCAAUCAACAGGAUGGUGAAAUACUUUUAUCAGGUCGAACCAUCACAGCAAGACGACACAACCAAGCUCCAGCUGCUGCUUGGCCGGCGUCGCGUGAUUGCCACGAGACGAAACCCACCGACAAGUGCACACGCGCGCGCGCUCUCGUCACCCUCAUCGCCACGGUCACCGGCACCACCAGCCGCAUCUUCCACCGACGCCACUGCGGCCACAGCUGCUGCCACUGCCACAUCACCAACGUCGCCGUCACCAGCGACGGGUGAAGGUGUGGACGUGGAAUCGAUUCUCGCAUUUGGAGACAGUGAUGAGGACGUGACGCAGCGGAGCGUGUGUGAGUGUCUGGAGAAAGUCCUUUUGCACGGGUUUAAACGCAUUUCGCUUUUCAAAACGCCCCGCUCUGCAUGGGACAUUGUCGAGCGCUGCCGCAAACAGCUGGACUAUGGAGAACUCUCUUCAGAUGCGCGCGCGCUGUUCUGUCGUGCGUUUGACGUCGCCGCGGCCCAGCCGCUGCCCAAAGGCGCCAAGUUUGAGUGGUUCAUCUGCUUUGGAGCGCAGCACCACGUCCUCCACGUCUGGAUCAACCUGCUGCACGAGUUUGCGUGUGGCGGCGGCAGCGGGGCGUUCACGGCGCAUUCACUGCUGCGCCAUGCGCCCAGCGUCGCCACUGUCGCAGAUAUGCUGCGAUACCUCGUCGACGUGAACCUCAACAUCAUCGAAUCACUCGUGUACAUUGACGGCGCGGGAGACAACGACGCUGGGCAGUGGAUUGUCAAGCCAGCACAACAACAACAACAACAACAACAACAACAACAACAACAACAACAACAACAACAACAACAACAACAACAACAACAACAACAACAACAACAACAAUUGCAGCAGCAGCAGCAGCAGCCAGCAAAGUAG